CUGCAAACCAAAUUCUGAAAGUUCCCAUGUACAUGCAUUCCUCAUCAUCCACCCACCCACCAGCCCUAAUCAUCCUAAUAUUCCUCUUCUCUAUUAUUACUCUCUUAUACUCAUUAAUUAUUCAUUAAUCAUCAUCUCUAGGCUCAUGAUCAGUAACUAAUCUUAUAUUAUAUUGAUUCAUAUCAUCUCUUAUUCUUUAUCUUAGUAUAAAAGUAUAGUACCAUUGGUCUGAUCAUUAGUUUGGUUCAGAUCAUAUGGACACCUCCAAUUCUCAAGAUGGGUACUACUCAGACAUGGAUGAGAGCUUCUCCUUCACCUGCUGCGAUUUCAGUGAUGAUGAAGGGGACGACAACGACGAUGACGAAUCCUAUAUUGAAAUCGCGCUCGAGCCCUUGCCUACUAAGGACGACGAUGAUUCGAAGCUACGUGUCUCGUUUUCCUCCUCUAGGGUUCCCUUGAAAGAAUUAUUCGUGGAUCAAGUACCAACCCACCAAGUACUCCUAUCUUCUGAUGCUUCAUCAUCAUCAUCAUUGUCAUCAUCCUCAUCGUCUAAAUCUCGGGGGUCUGAGCUGAUUACUUCAGGCCUUCCGGGUACUAAUUCCAAAAGUAAUAAUAGUACGAGGAGGGUGCAAUUUUCGGCCAUCAAUCGAGUACUCAACGCCUUUGUGUCGAGUAGUAGGGUACCAUCAUCAGAGGAAACCGACCGGAUUGAUGAAAACCGGCGACUGGCCAGCGCGGAGAGCAGGAAAGCAUCUAAGGUCACAACCGCCAUAAACGGCAGCAUCACAAAGAUCUUGAUCAAGUUUCGCUCCAUCAAAAUCAGACCAAUGCUCACAUCAUUUGUGAAACCCCGUCAAGGCAAAGGCAAUAAGGUAAAAUCACAAGAGAUGAGUAGUACUAUCUGGAGUCAUCGGAAGCUGAUCAAGCCAUUGGAUAACCGGACAGUAGGAGAGGGCCGGGGAGAUUGCAGAAGAAAAAAAACCAAAACCUCGGCGGCGAUGGAUAUAAACAUGGAGGCCAUUAGAGGGGUGUUGGAAGCAAUUAGUAGUAUGAGCAUUGGUGGGAGGAGCAAGCAAACGAAGACGAAGAUGAAGAGCUGCCCGGGUUCGAUCAAGUGCUCGCCAAUUAAUGAGAGAGGAGUCGCAGAUCGGGAGAGUAGAGGUUACACCAGGGAGAACUCAGUCCAGGCUGCCAUUGCCCACUGCAAGAGAUCAUUUGGGCAAGCACAGGAGUUUAGUUUUUGAAAUUGAUCAAUUCAUUUUCCCGUGUUUCUUGUCCAGGAAAAAACCUUUCAAGAAAAUUUCUAGGACUUAUUCAAUCCCCAAGCGCAAAUAACCUUAGGACAGAAGGCCUGUUGCCGGGCCAUUGUGGAAGAACAUUGGGUUGGGCCCCCAAGCUUGGUGCCCAGCCCAAAGGUUUGGGGUGUCCAACCAUUAGUAGCUAGGUAGGUGGAAAAGGCCUAUCUAGCCUUUAUAAUAUAAUAUCAUCACUUCGUAGCAUGAUCUUAUCAGUGCUUUGUCAAAAAGUGACCAAUCACAACGUGUCAAGCACAUAAUUUGAUAUAAUUGCUUUGUAUAGAACUUGUUUUUUACUUUGUUCUUAUUUAUUUAUACAUGGUCUCAUUUGUUUA